AUGAUGAAGGCGGCGGAGAGCCCUCUCGAUGAGCCCUUCCUUGUCCCGGGCAAAGAUGAGGAGAAGCGGCGCAGCGGCGGCAAUGGCGCCGACGACGUCGACAACAUGGAGGCGCAGCUCCUCCUCCAUCACGACACGGGCGCCUCCUUCGGGCGGAGCUGCCUCAACCUCUCAAGAACGUCAUCUCGAGUACGACACGACCGCGGCGUCCAUCGACGAUCUUGUUGA